AUGGCAUCUAUGGGAAUGAACGCUCAACCUUCGCGAUACUCUGUCUAUGUCGGAAACCUUCCCUACCAGACUACAGAGGAUGCCAUUGGAAACUAUUUCAACCAAGCUGGACGUGUUACCAAUGUUAAGAUUGUAUAUGACCGUGAGACAGGUCGUCCAAAAGGAUUCGGAUUCUGCGAGUUUUCCGAUGAGGCUGGAGCGCAAAAUGCUGUUAAUACACUAAACGGAGCUGAUUUCAAUGGCCGAGCAUUGCGUGUGAACUGGGCCAACAAAAACUAA